AUGGCUUCCACAUCACCAGACCUCCGCUCUCCAGCCAUGUUCAGCGCUUCGACGCUUGCAUCGCCCUCGCCUUCAGCGUCCAUUUCAAUCGCAUCGGCAUCGGCAACAUCAUCCUCUUCCACCAAGAGGAAAGCGGACAGUCAAGGUCCCAAGCCCAUGGACCCGGCCCGUCGAGCACGCUUGGAAGCUCGUCAAGCUCGCAAUCGAACCAGCGCUCAAAUCUCGCGCAAUCGCAAAAAGGCUCACGUGGAGAUGCUGGAAGUGGAAGUGGAAGAAUUGCGAAAGCGCAAUGCCGAGCUGGAAGAGCGAGCCAAGGAUGCGGAGGACACGAAACAGAGGUUAAAGGUGCUGGAACAGCUGGUUCAAGCGCUCUUCAGCAAUUCCCCCGUCAACGCCGCGCUUCGAUCGACACGGUCCAUCAUCGAUGCCCCUCUUGGCUGCGCGCAGUCUUCUACGGCCCAACCUCUACCGCAAACCUGCGUGCCUGAUGGUCUGGUCGCACCGUCCAGCAUUCAGCUCGAUUCAUCUCACCCUUCCCUCGCGCCAUCCCUCCACGCGGCGGCCCCCUCGUCGUCAUCGUCCACAUCAAGCAUCUUGCCAUCCCUCCUGGCAGCGUCACCAUCUUCGCGAUCCACCCUCAACUUCGUCUUGCCCUCUAACACGUCCUCGACGUCCAAUCUGCCCAGCACAAUCUUCGCAUCUUCGACCCUCUCCACCUCUUCACCAACAUCGUCACCCUCCCUCUGCCAACCUCGGCCCAGCGCAGCGCCCAUCUCUCCUUCAUCUCCCUCGCACGCUUUGACCGCUCCUUCGCCCGAAUCCAUCUCUCACUCGCAAACAUCCCCAGACGUUCGCCUCCCUGCAGCGGAGGCGUCUCCCCUUACCGGAUGGCCAGGCAAGGUGUGCGGCGGCGGUGUGGGGCACGACACCGCUGUCGGAUUGCACGAGACGCUCUUUGGAUCCUCUGAAGCCCAUCGACUCGGAUCCAACGCGGAGGAGGACGAGAAGGAUCACUUUGAAAUUCAGGCUGAGGGUGCGCAACAAGCGUCCGAAAGCUCCGAAGAGAUGAUAAACGGCGCAUCGACUUGGAAGUGUCGGAGCAUGCAAGGUCAACAAGAGACGGACAGGCUAUUGGCGCUGCUGGGUUUGAGCCCUGGCGCCGCUUGCGGGGUCGAUACGAGCACAAGGACAUCGACGAGCGCCUUUGGUGCGCUGGACGCGGAUGGAUAUGUGGAUUUUAGCAUGAAUCUGGAUGUGGAUGCGGAUGCGCUGCAUGGGCUUUUCGGAGAUGCCGCGCACGAAACUCGAGAUGGAGCGUUUCAGCUGGGCUCUGCUGCGGACCUCUCCUCGGAGCCCGCUGCUAUGCAAGACGUUUGCAGCGGCAACGAGCUCGGACUGACGCUUGGCUCGCUCGCUUCUCUAUGA